AUGAACGAGAGCUACCAAUGCGACGAGCUGAUCCGAGACUUCGAAAAAUCGAGCGAUCGGUGCGAGCCGCUCUGGGACACAAAGCUCUGCUGGCCGUCGGCGGCCGUUAACGAAACGCUCGAGUUGCCCUGUCCGCGGCGCGAAUUCGACAAUCAAACCGCCAGCAGGGACUGCAUUCUCUUCGACGAUGGAAGCGGAACUGAUAGGUCCAUUUGGACGAUGGGAAAUUACUCGUACUGUCAGGACCCGGAUAAUUACACGGGGCUCUUCAUCGCCGUAGCGCACGAAAAGUACCUGCAGACCGAGGACCAGAUGUGGGAGCACAAGCUGCUCGUGACGAGUCAGCUGAUCUACCUGCUGUCGUUCCUCGUGCUGGCUGUCGCCCUCGUCUUGUUCCUGCUGUUCAAAAAACUGCGAAACGCCCGGACGCGACUGCACAUGCACAUGCUCUCGGCUACGAUAAUGCAGGUCGUCAUGUGGCUGAUGCACAGCGUCCUCUUCGACACCCAACUGCUCAGCGCCUACAUGUACCUCGAGGUUCUCAGCAAGAUCAACGUCCACGUCGCCUUCAAGUUCUCCAACGACUUCAGGCUCAUCGUCGAGCAGAUGUUCACUCGACUGAACUCGUACCUGCACUACAUAGUGCUGGCCGGACUCGAGCGCUACUUCGAGACGACCAGUCUCUUCUGGCUGCUGAUGGAGGGCUGGUUUUUGUACGAGCUGAUCUGCCGUAAGCCGCUGGAAACGAAAACGUCGAUCAAGCGUUACGUGAUUAUUGGCUGGGGUGUGCCGAUAAUCGUAACGUCUCCGUGGAUGGUCUACCACGUCUACUCGGCCCACAACGACGUUUACUGGGUGAAGCACGACCUGACGGUCUACCUCAUCGCCGUCUCGGCUUUCCUGACUUUCGUGGUGAGGAUGAUUCUUUAA